AUGGAACUCAGCGCCAAUCUAUCAGCCCUCGGAAUGCUCCAACCAUUGAGCGAGUCAGACUUCAAUCUCGAUGUCGGUGGCAUUGUCGGUUUCCUUGGAGGAGAAGAGGCGAUUUCGGCCAUGGAAAGCAUGCCUUUCUACAAGUACCGGAAAUGGCUGGGGUGGUACAACUCGCCCGGCUCGUACACCAUUGCCAAGCACUUCGGCAAGCUCCCCGUUUCUCGCUUCUGGGAUGGAAUUUAUCCUGGAGUGAACGAUGACCCAGCUACGCUGCUUGGACUCGAUGGGAAACGUGGGCCGAAGUUCAGAGGCGUCGUCUCUGGCACUGCCUUGGGCCACACGGGGCAUGUUGCACAAACUUUUACUCAAUACUGUCGUAGUGAAGUGAAAGCGGUGCCAUCGAUGUUAUCCGAAGCGCGCAAGGAAGGUCAGCGUACCACGACAACGACGAACGUCACCAUCGCAGACUUUUUGGUCCGAACCCCGGGGACGUCGACGGAGACUCGGCUUGAGUACGACGAGACUGAAUCCCCCCUUUGGUCCGUAGCCAUCGCCUCGAUCCCGAUUUCGAUGAACCUCGCGUGCUGUGUUCUGUGCGGGUUGUCUGCCGAGUGGUUUGCGUUCGGUGUUAUCCUGUAUGGCAUCAUCUGCAAUGGCGUGGCGUGCUACCUGAUUGGCUCAGCGGAAAUCUUCCUUCGUCAUCCUCGACCCUCUCCUCAUUCCCCUUCCGGAAACGGAAUCUUGGAUGAUCGGGAUCAUUUUGUCGUUUGCAGAGGCACCGAAGCAUCUAUCAACUACAUCGUCAAAAGCAAGAUUGUCGUUAAAUACAGCAAGGACGAGGGGUACAAUAAAAUUGGGCUCAGCGCGAUGUCGCUGACCGUCCAGUUUAUUGCUCAGCUCUUCCUCAUUCCACUCAGUGGUCUUUUCGGACAGAUCAUGUUCCUUACGACGCUCGCCAUCUCAUGGAUCUACAAUGCGUAUAUCUCAUCCAUAGACAAGGAUCAGCUGCAGCAAAGACUUCUGAUGAAGAACAUACCCCUCAAGGAAUCUACGGGCAAACGGGUCUCAAAGGUGGAAAUGCCUACGAGGACGUCGGCGGUAGUGUUUGCAAUGCUCUGCGGGCUGCCGUACUCCGAGCUCAAGGUCGACGCAAUCGACCGCUACGCCCGGGGGAUACUAGACUCUUUACUUCCGAAAGACACUGAGGUUUGGGAGGAGUGGCGAGGUUUAGUUUUGCCGAGAGUUGAGCAGCUAGUGCAAUCGGACAUCCGCAGCAGACUCCUUUCGAAAUCUCCAGUACCGAAUCCAGACCCCCUCGAGGACCUAUUCGACUUCAAACUCAAUGAAUACGGUGACACAGAUAGGGAAAAGAGCCUGCUAAGGGAUCUACUUGAUGACACGCAGGGUGCAUACGAGUCAUUCUACGAUAUGUUUCUCAAAAUCCCAGGUCGCGACCGUGUCCCGACGCUGCCAUUGCACCCUCCCAAUCAUUCCCCUGCAUGA